AUGUUUGCAGACAUAGAUUUUAGAAAGCACCAACCUUCUGGUAAUGCAACCUCUACUAGUAUGGUGCCCCUGGAUGUUCCAAGUCAGGCACCUGAGAAGAUUAAUUCUCUGAAUCAAGUGAUUUCAGCAGAUGUACCAUGCGAGGCUCCUGUUGAUUUUGAUACGAGAGAACUUUACUUUCUCAUUGCGCACUUCUUAUCACAUGGUCCAUUAAAGCGGACUGCUGGAGAACUUUGCAGUGAACUCCAGGAGCAUCAUCUGCUUCCUAGAAGAUAUCAUGCUUGGUAUUCACGUGGUGGUUUCCAUAGUGGCGAAGAAAAUGAUGACGGUGUAUCACUCCCUUUGGAUUACCUCAAGUUAGUUGAGAGAUAUCCCCACAUUGGUAAAGACCACUUGGUAAAGCUUUUAAAGCAACUGAUGGUUAGUUCCUGCCACCCAGAGAGCUUGAUUGGAGCUGUGUCUCCAAAUGCUGCUGAUGUUCCAACCCUUCUUGGCUCCAACUCAUUUUCCCUUCUUGCAUCUAAUAGGGGCCGGCAAGAAAAGGAAAAUCACAGGUUGCCGACGUAUCUCCGUUGGCCACAUAUACAGGCUGAUCAAGUUCAUGGUUUAAGUUUAAGAGAGAUUGGUGGCUUCACUAAGAAUCAUCGAGCUCCUUCUGUCCGUGCAUCAUGCUAUGCCAUUGCGAAGCCAUCUACCCUUGUUGAAAAGAUGCAAAUUAUAAAGAAAUUGAGGGGACAUCAAAACGCUGUGUAUUGUGCUACUUUUGAUCGCACAGGGCGUUUUGUUAUUACUGGUUCUGAUGAUCGCCUUGUUAAAAUUUGGGCAAUGGAAACUGCAUUUUGUCUGGCUAGCUGCCGAGGUCAUGAAGGUGAUAUUACUGACCUCGCGGUGAGUUCCAAUAAUGCUGUGGUAGCAUCUUCAGCCAAUGAUUUCGUUAUUAGAGUGUGGCGUAUACCUGAUGGCAUGCCGAUCUCAGUGUUGAAGGGGCAUACAGGGGUUGUAACUGCUAUUGCAUUUAGCCCAAGGCCAGGUGCUGCUUUCCAGCUAUUGUCAUCAUCAGAUGACGGGACAUGCAGGAUUUGGGAUGCCCGAUAUUCUCAACAACCUCCACGAAUAUAUACACCAAAACCUCCAGAUGCUGCCCCUGGGAAGAGUGGUGAUGCAUCUUCCAGUGCUGUUCAAGUUCAACCAAUAAAUCACCAAAUCUUGUGUUGUGCAUUUAAUGCCAAUGGAACUGUGUUUGUUACUGGCAGCUCAGACACUUUUGCAAGGGUGUGGAAUGCUUGCAAGAGUAGUUCUGAGGAACAUGACCAGCCGAAUCAUGAGAUGGAUGUAUUAUCGGGCCAUGAAAAUGAUGUAAACUAUGUGCAGUUUAGUGGAUGUGUGGUAUCUAGAUCCUUUUCAUCUGAAGGCAGCCACACCACUAAGGAAGAAAAUAAUCUUAAACUAAGAAAUUCAUGGUUCACACAUAAUAUUGUUACUUGCUCCCGUGAUGGCAGUGCAAUUAUAUGGGUUCCACGAUCUCGGAGAUCGCAUGGAAAGAUUGGACGAUGGACACGUGCUUACCAUCUCAAGGUCCCUCCACCUCCAAUGGCUCCUCAACUAGUUCGUGGUGGCCCACGACAAAGACAUCAGCCAACUCCUCGUGGUGUCAAUAUGAUUGUCUGGAGUUUGGAUAACCGAUUUGUGCUUGCUGCUAUCAUGGACUGCAGAAUUUGUGUUUGGAAUGCUUCUGAUGGGAGCUUAGUACAUUCACUGAUUGGCCACAAGGAAUCUACAUUUGUUCUUGAUGUGCAUCCAUUCAACCCUCGUAUAGCAAUGAGUGCUGGGUAUGAUGGCAUGACAAUCAUCUGGGAUAUAUGGGAAGGAAAACCUGUACAGAUCUAUGAAACCGGUCAUUUUAAGCUAGUUGAUGGCAAGUUCUCUCCGGAUGGAACAUCACUUAUCCUCACCGAUGAGAUUGGCCAAAUAUUCUUUAUUGGUACAGGGCAGGGUGAGUCCCAGAAGGAUGCGAAAUAUGAUCAGUUCUUUCUUGGAGACUAUCGACCCCUUACUCAAGAUACAAAUGGAAAUGUUAUUGAUCAGGAGUCAUACAAAGGGUUUGAUGUACUGUCUGUAACUGGUCUCUUUUUAGUAUUGGUGGUGCUUAUCCGGAACAACCAAAAAGCAAACAUCACAGUAGAGACACAGCUCCCACCUUAUAGGAGAAAUAUUCAAGACCUUUUGUGUGACUCGGGUAUGAUGCCAUACCCAGAGCCUUUUCAAAGCAUGUACCAGAAACGGCGAUUAGGUACCAUGGGUAUUGAGUGGCGGCCUCCCUCUGUAGAUUUUGCUGUUGGCCCCACGUACAAUGCAACCACUGGUGAAUACCAGAUCAUCCCAGUCAUUGAUCCAGAUAGGUGGGAGCCACUUCCAGAGAUACCGGACUUCUUUGAGCUUGAACCUGAGAUUGAAGUUAUCUCUGAUGAUACUGAUUCCGAGUACAACGGCAUGGAUGACAAGUCUAGUGAAGGAGAACAGGAGAAUUUGAGUGGUGAUUCCUCUGGUGCUUCAUUCUCAAGUGCAGAGAUUGAUGGGAAUAACCUUAGCGAUAGUGCUAAUCUUCGCAGAUCUAGAAGAAAGAAGAAAAAAUCAAAGGCUGAUCUUGUGACUUCAUCUGGUCGGCGAGUUAAGAAGAGGAAUUUGGAUGAGCAUGAUGCUGCUACUGUGUCAAGGUCACACAGAGCUAGGAAGUCUAAGAAUGGUCGCUCUAGUAAAAGGAAAAGAUCACCUAAAUCUAGGGGAUUGCGACCUCAAAGACGCGCUGCUCGCCAUGCACUCAGUUUUUUAACAAAGAUGGGAGCUUCAACAGAUGAGGAUGAAGAGGACUCAGAGAGUCUCUCAGACAGUGAAUUGAACACGGAAAGCAUUGAAGCUGAGCCGUCAGCAUGGUAUAGCCGGCCAAGACUUGGUAGAGAGAGUAACCAAUAUGAUUCAGAAGAUGUUACACAACCUUCUCAUUUCACUGAAACUCGGGGGAGUUCUGGAAAUAACAGAAAACUGGUCCUGAGGAUACCACGCCGUGAUUUAAAAGUUGAAUUUCCAUCAGCUGUAUCAGUCAUGGGGGGCAGACAUGGAUCAGUUGAGCCGGAACUAGCUUUUGAGCCUGGAAGUUCCUCUGUUUGCAAGGCUGACCCACCUGCAGAUGGAGGUCAAAGCACAACAACCUCUGGUCUACAUGAUGUUUCUUCUGUUUAUAGUAACAGCACAAUCAAGUGGGGUGAGGUUAAGCAGCGAUCUUCAAAGCGUUGCAAGUUUGGUGACUCUUCCGCUGGAGACAUGUGGCCCUCUUCAAAUAAUGCAGUUUCACAGGAUGGUGGCAAAUCUGGUGUUCAGAAGACACCUCAUGAAUAUGGUAACGCCAUGCAACAAACGGUUGAGCAGACUGUACAAAAGAGUGAACGUGCAAUUUGUCUGGAUAGCAUCCAUGAAAAUCACGAUACUGAUGUUUAUAGUGAAGAUAAUUUACUUGGUGAAGAAAGGACAACUAAUAACAAUAAUACUCAUGUAGAGGAAGUAAACAACAAAGAAUGCAACCAACAGUCCCACAGUACUACUCAGUCUACUAUUAAACUGAAGUUAGUCAGGUCAAGAGGCAUUCCAGAUGCAAAAGGUUCACCGGACAAAUCAAAGACUACUGCAGUAGGGAGUGACGUGAACUCUGAGUGUGAUAAAGUUCCCAUGCAGCAUGAUGAGGAUCCUACCACCAAUCAACAUAUAAGCAGUGACUUCCCUAGUGCGUCUAGAGAUUUCCAGGAAUGCACAGAUAAAAGCACUGGUUUUCAUGAUUCAAGGAAGUUCCAUUCUGAAUCUGGGAAGACGAUUGCUGUGUACCAAAGGUCAAAGUUAAGUAAGCACAAGAAAAAAUUGGAUUCAGAUUCUGGCAAUGGAGAUAGUACCUCCGUCUCCAAUGAUGAUGGUGGGUAUCAACCUUCAGAGUACAGUCCUGUUGCACCUGGUACUGGUAAUUUGCGAAGAAGCACAAGGAGGUCAUGUGCAUACACUGAUGGUGGAGCAAGGAAUGCUAUCUCUCAUGUGAAAAAUUCUUCCCAUGAAGCAUCAACUAGUGGGAGACAAAUUGGUGCAGACGUGCAUGAGUGGGGUUCACCAUCAAAGACUGCUGGUUUAAGGUCUACUAGGAACAGAGUUCCUGAUACACAUUCAUUGGCAGAAAAGCCUCAAGUAUCCUCGAGUUGUUGGUUGAUGUUGUUGGAGCAUGAAGAUAUUUACCGUUAUAUUCCUCAACAUGGCGAUGAGGUUAUGUACUUGCGACAGGGCCAUGAAGAAUAUCUUAAAGGAAUGCGAUUAUCGGAUAGUUGCCCAUGGAAUCGGAUCAAAGGCCUUAAAGCUGUAGAGCUUUGCAAAAUUCAGGAUCUUUGUUAUACCACUUAUAAAGGGUCUGGUGAAAGCUGCUGUAAAUUAACACUUAAAUUCAUUGACGACACUUCAAGCGGGUUUAACAGAGAGUUUGUAAUCACAUUGCCUGAGCUGGUUGGCUUCCCCGAUUUUCUGGUGGAAAGAACACGGUUUGAAGCUGCUGUUGCGCAGAACUGGACUAUCAGAGAUAAGUGCAGAAUUUGGUGGGCGAAUGAUGAGGGAGGAGGAAGUUGGUGGGAGGGACGUGUGUUGGCAAUAAGACCUAAGUCACCUGAUUUUCCUGAGAGUCCAUGGGAUAAAUAUGCCGUACAGUACAAGAAUGAUGGUUCAGAUCAUCUGCAUAGCCCCUGGGAGCUCUAUGAUGCUGAUAGCCCAUUGGUUCCAUGGAAACAUCCACAUAUUGAUUCCAGUAUUAGGAAUAAAUUGUUAUCAGCAGUGAAUAAUUUACAGAACAAGUCUCGCAGAAACCAGGAUCACUAUGGUGUCCUGAAGUUGGAUACUGUUGCAGGAAAAUCAGAGUUCAUAAACAGUUUUGAUUUGAUGGGUCACAUCUUCGCCAAUGUCACCAUCCUUCUGCAGCAUCGAGCCCAAAUACUGAAAGGUGUCCUUCUAAGGGCCCACCACUUGACAUUCCAGGCCCUCUCCAAGUCAAUGAACACCACAUGCAGGUUUCCUGUCCAGUUUUCCAUGGAGGUGAUCAGGACAAGACUGCAAAAUGGUUACUACAGAAGCGUGGAGGCUGUCCAACAUGAUGCCUCUGUGAUGCUUGCCAAUGCCGAGUCUUACUUCUCAAAGAGCGCGGACAUGACCAAGAAGCUUCUCAGGCUAUCCGAGUGGGUCGAAGAUAACAUCCUAUCACUUUAG